CAAGCGUAGAGUUCAUCUUCAAAACGCGCAUGCUCUGAAUGAGAUCCCGAACUUGCGCUCUGUUUGCGCAUGCGCUCUUCAUAGAAAGUUGUAGAGCUGUGUAGAAGCUGGUGAGGGAGGGACUAUCCAUAAAUGGGAUGAGCUCUUGUUCGUGCACUACAGCUGUAAAGGCGUUACAAGCUACAGACUAUCUCUUCUUCCCUAUCCAGUAGCACCACUUUUCUUACCAUGAUAUCUGUAUUCUACACAUUUAGAAAAUGUGCCCCCAAAGCUGCUCAGAUCCUUCUAAUCACAGUAACAUGCUUUUGCACUGCUGGCGGGCUUGAGUCUGUUACCAAUGAGUCACCAAAGUUAGCCUAUUAUUUUGGAACCAAGACCAGAUAUGAAGAAGUCAAUCCCUUUCUCCAGGCUAACCCACGGUUGGUUACAAGGAAACAGGAUCUUCUGCCAGAUACUUGCACUCCUCUCCAAAUUGUGUCAGUGAUCAGGCAUGGGACACGAUACCCUACCAAACAACAAAUAAAGAAGUUGAAGAAAAUGUACAACCUAAUCGAAGAAAGUACAAGCAGCUCUGAGCUGGUGAAGGAGCUGCAGAACUGGAACAUGUGGUAUGAAGACUGGAUGGAUGGACAGCUGGUGAAGAAAGGAGAGGAGGACAUGAAGAAUCUGGCUUAUAGACUGGCCUCUCUCUUUCCUUCCCUGUUUACUUCUGAUAAGUUCCUUAAAUGUAAAAUGUCUUUUACCACCAGUUCUAAGCAUCGAUGUGUUGACAGCACAAAAGCUUUUAUCAAUGGAUUGGCACACACUUACUUCAAACUCCCUAUACCAACUGAAGAAGAAUUGGACAAUGAGUUGUGCAGAAGCCCUGUGGUCAAUGACACUUUAAUGCGUUUCUUUGAUCACUGUGAGAAGUUUGUGGCCCAAGUAGAAGACAAUGACACAGCACUACAUGAAGUGGACAAGUUUAAGGAAGGACCGGAAAUGAAAACAGUACUGCAAAAGAUUUCUAACCUCCUAGGCAUUCCAGAGCAUAAGCUGAGUGCAGAUUUAAUACAGGUGGCAUUUUUUACCUGUUCAUUUGAACUGGCCAUCAACAAUGUUGUUAACUCUCCGUGGUGCCAUCUCUUUGAUGAGGAAGAUGCCAAAGUCUUGGAAUACCUCAAUGACCUAAAACAAUAUUGGAAGCGGGGCUAUGGAUUUGACAUAAACAGCCGGUCCAGCUGUAACCUGUUCCAACAUAUUUUCCAGCAUUUAGACAAAGCGGUCUCUGAAAGUAAAAGAUCCUCUCAAGCUCUCAAGAUGGAUGUGGACUAUGGAAGCCAUUUUAAGGCCCAUCUGGAGGAAAUGCAAAACCAGGGCAUUCCCAAGGAUAGGAUCCUCUGUUCUGAGCAUAUCUCCACCCCCGUGGUUAUGCAGUUUGGACAUGCAGAGACACUCUUACCAUUACUGGCUCUAAUGGGACUGUUUAAGGAUGAGAAACCUUUGAUGGCCGACAACUUCUCCACACACCUUGAUCAGAAGUUUCGCAGUGGCAGAAUUGUUCCUUAUGCUUCCAACCUAGUGUUUGUUCUGUACCACUGUGAAUUGGCAGAGAGUCCUAAGGAAGAAUAUCAAGUUCAGAUGCUGCUUAACGAAAAUCUUCUUCCUUUUCCCCAUUCUCAAGAGUCUGUCUGCCUUUUUGAAGACUUGAAGAAGCAAUACAGCCACCUCAUUUACAGCUGCCAUGUCAAAGAUGAAUGUCAAUUGACAACAGUAGCUCCUACCACAAAGGGUGAGCUCUAAGAUGGUCAAGAUUGGGUAAAGUGGGGCUUCUCAGCUGUUUGGGGAUAAACACUUCCCACAUGGGAGUACCGUAUAUACUCGAGUAUGACCCGACCCGAAUAUAAGCCGAGGCCCCUAAUUUUACCCCAAAAACCCAUGAAAAGUUAUUGACUCGACUAUAAGCCUAUGGUGGGAAAUACAUCAUCCCCCAUGUAAUCAUCUAGACCCCCGUCAUCAUCCCCCCCUUCAUCAUCACCCCCUGUCAAUC